CCAGGCUGCAGCUGGUCCCCUAUGGUAUUGUGGUCCGAUGGCUGUUUUCCUCAGAGUGAUAAUCUACUGGUUGAGAGAGAUUCUCACCUGUUUGGAAAGUUAUUUCCUACAGCAUGAUCUCUGCUGCGGUCACCUUCUGUUCUAUGACAUCAUCAGGCUGGAACCUCAUGCAACAGUUGCCAUCAGGGUAGUGGUAGAGAACCUAGCGAGGGGGAGGGCUACGCCUUCAUCUGUGCUGGAGAACCGCUUCACCCAAACUCCUGUGGCCCUCCCCCUGCUGAGCAUAACGUUUGAAUUGUCUUUGUGGUCCUCGGAAAAAUGGAAGUCCUGAAUACCGCCCCUUGUACAAGUUUGUCAUCCUAGCUGUACUUCCUCCUUGCCUGCUUUUCAUUCUGGGCCCACAGACAUCGCCACAGGAUUGCUAAUCCCUGCAACUCAGUAGCAACAAGCCCUUGAUGUGGCCUUCACCUUUCCCUCUGACCUUCGGGGUUUGGCUGGCAUCUCUGCUAAUACUGAAGGACUACUCCCCUCCUUAGUUCCUGAAAGAUGGAGAACCCUCUGGAGAGCACGGGCAGCAAAACCCAAGGCCUAGACAAUCAGGCUGUGGACAACACACUCCAAAAUCUAAAUAACCAGGCUGGAGACGACAAAUUCCACGACGAAAAGGAGCAAACAGGGAAAAGCAAAUCCCAAGAUCUAUAUGAGCAGGCCGAAGACAGUAUACCGCAAGAUCUAAAUGAGCAGGCCGAAGACAGUAUACCGCAAGAUCUAAAUGAGCAGGCCGAAGACAGUAUACCGCAAGAUCUAAAUGAGCAGGCCGAAGACAGUAUACCGCAAGAUCUAAAUGAGCAGGCCGAAUACAGUAUACCGCAAGACCUAAAUGAGCAGGCUGAAGACAGUUUACCCCAAGACCUAAAUGAGCAGGCAGAGGAACAGAUUGCAACUGUGGUGGAAGUACCAGAGCAGCAGCUUCAAGAUGAAGAGCCUUUCUUGCCUUCACACAAGGUGUCUAUGACAGAUCCAGAAGAUGAAUCAUACAGCUCUACAGCCCCUGAGCAAACUUCGGAUGACAACACCUUCCUCAGGGAGACCGAUGACAGUGAACCUGAAAAUCUAAAGAAGCAGACUGAUGAAGGUAUGGAGACUUUAGUGAAGAUGCCCGAGCAACGUCCUUGGUACCAGACAGAAAUGGAGUCCCCUUUGACCGUCUAUGUCAGUUCACAGAAGAUCUCAAAAAAGCAGAAAGCUGAAGCUCCUGUCCGGAGGAAGUGCUCUGCCUGUGGUCACAUCUGUUCUUUCCCAAGACCAAUGUCUGCACAGAGCCAGUUAAUGCCUCCAAAGAUACCACCUCCGAGACGCUUCAUCCCUCAGAAACCAAAACCUGAAACUGCUGAUAAAGCAACCCAACUGAGAGCAAUUCCGAUAUUCCCAUUGAGGCUGCCAGGGAGUACAAGGGCACCCCCUCAGAGAAGCCACACCCCCAAACCACUGGCAAAAUCACCAACCACUGAAAGUGCAACACAGAUUUCCCCAUCUUUUGAGAGGCUGAUGAAGAAACCACCUCCUUCUUUGGCUAAACUGAAAAAAAGCAGGAAUAAGAUCACUAAGAGCUCUUCAGGCAAGACCAUAUCUUCCAGUUUGCAGAGAGAGAGUGUCUGCCAGCAUGGCAGCACUGUUCAGCGGGCUCCCUUGAGAAAACGUGGCAGUGCCAAACGGACCCUCCGGCAGCUAAAAAAGCAAGACACUGGCAAGCAGGCUCCCCUGGCACUGAAAAAGCAGAUGAGGCCUCAAGUUACCUACAAUCUUUACGUAAACAUCUGUGAUAGCUGUAAUGAAGUUGAUCCAUGCUGUUUUCAGCGAAAUCACUGGGAAGAAGAGGAAUCACCUUCAGGGCUUUCCAGGGCCUGCACUGUUUUCAGCAUUCUCAGGUAUGGAGGGAUACACAUCAAUGACCUCCUCCUGGCCCUGCACACCCUGGGAAUCCUCGUGACCCAUGAUGAAAUGCAUCAGGCUCUCAAGCAUGUCAAAGUGGAUGCACGUGGAAUUCUGGACUUCUCUGAAUUCUUGGAAGUUGUGAAUCAGACUUCACCCUUUGCUCAAACAGAAGCUCUCCAGAGAACUCUUUGGGCUUUCAGGAAAAUAAAGAGUGGUUUGGUGGCUAUUCGUGAAUUGGAUCCAGUUCUGAUGAACUUAGGGGUCAGCCUGAGUGAUGAGAAUGUGCAACCGUUACUGAAAAGCACUCGGAUUAACAGGAAUGGGAAGGUGGAUCUUUCAGCUUUCCUGUUGGCUGCUAGAGAACUGCAGAGAAGCCAUGAAGAAGAAGAAGGAUCUCAAAAUGAAUUCACCAUUUUGGAAAGGAAGCCUUUUAAGGAUGUAGCUAACUUUCCCAGUGUACAGUCUAGAUGGCGAAGAAAGUACCAGGACUUCUUUGAUGAGGAAAUGGACACCCCCCCAGAAAUGGACACUCCUACAUGCCUAUUUCCCUUAAAAAUAUGGUCAGGAUCAGAUGACGAUAUUGCUGUUACUACACAAUCAAGAAGGGCAUCUUUGAGUCCCAGCCCCGUAUCCCCAGAAUAUACCUGGGAACUGGAAGAUAAAGACCCUGCACUCCCAGAUUAUUAUAAGUGGGAACCAGAAGAUUUAGACCGUGAGAUCAAGGAGAUAACAAAGCCCCUGUCAGAUGGUACUGGCCAGAAAAGGCUCAGCUUUGCAGCCUCAGUACAUGAUGUGGAAGAGGAAGAUAAAGACCGCAGCAUCAUGGAGGUGACAUCAGACCCUGCUGAUGAGAGAAGACCCAGUACUGCAUCCCUAUUGUAUAAUGACCGUGAUGUUGCAGAGGUGACAAAGUCCUAGUUGGAUUUUAGCCACAGAAACCACACUACUUUGCAUCCAUGAGACAUCUCUCUCUACACAAAUGAAUUAGCUGAUAGAAAAAGCUGGGUUUCCUGUUUGGGACCUUUUUCUAAGAAGAAUUUAUGCCAGAUGAGCUGUGGUUACUCCCCCAGAAUGAUACAGGGGAUAUUGCUGUGUAUUUCUUAUUGCUCCCCCCAAUAGCUGCACCUGCCUUUCUAGCCACAUUGGCUGCUAUAGAUCUUGCCAAUUGGGAGACAUUAGAAAUGGGGCCAGUUCCUCCUGGAGCUGGGAUCAUAUCAAGGUAAGGGGGAAUAGGGUGGUUCUGUGUGGACUUGGGCCCAUUGUAAACAAUUCCUUGGAAGACUUGAAUAAAAUCUAGCAAACC